AUGUCAGUGGAUGCGAAAGCACUCAAGGCUGCCCAAGCCAAGGGCCUCACCGUCGGGGUGAUUCCCAAGAGCGGCGAUAAGCCCCUGAGGCUGGAAAUCGACGACUUCCUCCAGGAUGUCGAGCUCGCCAACCUCUACUUUCUUGCCCUUGAGGCUUUCAUGAGCAAAAAGGUCUCGCAAGACCCCUUUUCGUACUACGAAAUCUGCGGCAUCCACGGCCAACCGUGGCGUGCGUGGGACGGCGUCACGUCCGCGGAUUUCGGUCCGUCCCCGGGCAGCGUUGACCCGCGAAGCGGCUACUGCUCGCACGGUUCUGUGGUCUUUCCAACAUGGCACCGGCAAGCAUUGUAUCUGCAUGCGGCCGAUAUUGCCUCGAAGCUCAAGGCGCAGGCUGCCCUCGAUCGGUUCAGGAUCCCUUACUUUGACCCCUUUCUUCCCCGCCAAAAGCUCAUUUCAGGAGACGUCUUCACCUAUGGGCUGCCCAUAAUAUUCACGCUUCCUCAGAUCCAGGUCCGUCGGCCGGAGAACCCGUCUCGAUGGGUGCCAAUGGCAAAUCCGCUUUACCAGUUCAACUUCCCUCCGGACAGCAAAGGUGGCUUUGACUGGUCGAUGUACGACCGCAUUCCCGCCGCCAGAGAUCACACUAUUCGGGGGCUCAACGCCGCCUCCCAGUCGGCAAACCAUAACUAUGUGAUGCGGGCUUUCGACAACGCGUAUAACCCCGUGAGCGGCCUUAGCAGUCAAGCGCCUCAGAGUAUUUGGCAUGUCAUGUUUGACAGGCAGACCUGGACCCAGAUGUCUAACAACUGGGACCCCAGAACAAGAGAUCCAGCCUCCGCCGUUUACAACGCCAACUCACUUGAGGGUUUCCACGACGACAUACACACUCAGAUUGCUACCGGUCCUCGGGGCUCCAGCGGCCAUAUGGGCAGUCCCGCAUUCGCAGGUUUCGACCCAAGCUUUUGGCUUCACCACUGCAACGUUGAUCGCCUCCUAGCUAUCUGGCAAGGCAUCCACUCUCGAGAUCCAGAAUCCAUCGCCUGGUGGACGUCGCUCGAGGUCCCCGAGGGCAACUUCGUCGAACCCGGCCGCCUUGCCGAGACUCCUCGGACCCCGCUCGUCCCCUUCCGCAAAGGUCUCACUGCCGCUUCCAAACCCAUCUGGUGGACUUCAAACGACUGCCGUAACCACUUGGACCUCGGCUACGAUUACCCCCAGACCGCCGCCGCUCGGAGAUCCGGAGACGUGGUUCGGUCUCUGACGGCUUGGGCCAAUGCCCAACUCGGAUGGCUGGCGCCCAGGAGCCCCAGACCAGCUGACGAGAACGCCCGCACGCAGCUGAAGCGCCAGAUCACCCAGCCGAUGCCCUUCUUCCCCUCCAAAGUCCUAAUAGACGGAACGACUCCAUUAAGCAGCGGGCAGGCUUUCAUCGGAUCCAUGGCCGCGCCCAUGACCGCAAAGAUCUCAGCAGCUAACACGACUGUAUCUGUAUCUAGGCGCCUGGCGACUCGAGCCAAGGCGGCGAUCAAGGAUCUCUCUCUCGGAAGGAAACAGAAAGUGCGUGCCGAUGGGACCACAGGCCCCGGUUCCUCGAGAAAACUCACUCCACAACAACUGUCUCAGCUGGUACUCUCUACUGCGCUUCCGUCCAAGCACCUAGAUUUCAACAACUGCUACGGACACCUGGGGGAUGUUAUUUCACACCAUAAGAUGACACAAUGGAACGUUACUUUCAGCGUCGACAAAUUCUCACUGGACGGUUCUUUUGUAAUCUUCUUCUUCCUGGGAGACUUCAGUCCGGAGGUGGCGACUUGGACCACCGACCCCCAUCUCGCCGGCUCCAGCGGAAUAUUCGCCAGUUCGAGGGCCGCCAUCGACUCAGGGGCUUGCGAGAACUGCAGCAAACAAGAAGCCUCUGGACUCAAGUACAUGGACACCGUGGCGCUGACCCCUGCACUCUUGACGUACUGGGACAACCAGGAAGAACACUACGGCUGUCGCGUAGGCGAUUUAAGCCCCGGCUACGUUUUGCCGUUCCUUGUCCGAAACCUCCAUUGGCGUGUCGUGAAUAUCCACGGCGACCAAGUCCCUCGAGAGACUAUCCCGUCAUUGAAAGUCAUGGUCUACUCCGAGACAGUCACUCUGCCUCAUGAUAUUGCAGAGACGCCUCAGUUUGAAGGGCAGAGUGUUCAUUAUGAGGUCACGAAUGGGAGGCCUGGUGGUAUAAGCACAGGUGAUGACAUGUAA